UACAGGCUUUUCGUCCCUGGGUCGGUCUGUCUUGCGGAGAGCAAUCCCUGUCCAUCCGACUGCGCUCUGCCCGCCCGCCGCGCAUCUGCCCUUCUCUUCUGACUCCGCCCCGCAUCUGUCCGGAACCGCCUCGCGUCUGAGCUGACCCAGUGCGCGUCUGCCAGUCAGUCCCUCCGGACCCGCCGCGAGUCUCAGGCUGCCGAAAUCACCGCGCGUCACUCGCCUCAACAGGGUUUCUGAGUCUGCUUUUAGCUUCCUUCGCCUUGGCUUUUUUUCUGUUCGUGAACAGUUGCUUGGCCCAUAGCUUAUUAGAGAAAGCAGCCUUUUUUUCUCUCCCAAGAGAGCCUCUUCCCUGUGCUCAGAGAGAUGGGGAGUGGGGAACCUAAUCCUGCUGGCAAGAAAAAGAAGUACCUCAAGGCUGCCCUGUAUGUGGGUGACUUGGACCCAGAUGUCACCGAGGACAUGCUAUAUAAAAAGUUCAGGCCUGCUGGCCCUCUACGCUUCACGCGAAUCUGUCGUGACCCGGUGACCCGCAGCCCCCUGGGCUAUGGCUAUGUUAACUUCCGCUUUCCUGCGGAUGCUGAGUGGGCCCUGAACACCAUGAAUUUUGAUUUGAUUAAUGGCAAACCAUUCCGCCUCAUGUGGUCUCAGCCAGAUGACCGCUUAAGAAAGUCUGGAGUUGGAAAUAUAUUCAUCAAAAAUCUGGACAAAUCCAUAGACAAUAGGGCCCUUUUUUAUUUAUUUUCUGCUUUUGGGAACAUUCUCUCCUGCAAAGUUGUAUGUGAUGACAAUGGCUCUAAGGGUUAUGCCUAUGUGCACUUUGACAGCCUGGCGGCUGCCAAUAGAGCCAUCUGGCACAUGAACGGAGUGCGGCUCAACAACCGCCAGGUGUAUGUUGGCCGAUUCAAAUUUCCGGAAGAGCGGGCAGCUGAAGUCAGAACCAGGGAUAGAGCAACUUUCACCAAUGUUUUUGUUAAAAACUUUGGAGAUGAAAUGAAUGAUGAAAAACUGAAGGACAUUUUCAGUGAGUAUGGGCCAACUGAGAGUGUUAAGGUAAUAAGAGAUGCCAGUGGGAAAUCUAAAGGCUUUGGAUUUGUAAGAUAUGAGACACACGAGGCUGCCCAAAAGGCUGUGAUGGACCUGCAUGGAAAGUCCAUCGAUGGGAAAGUCCUAUAUGUAGGGAGAGCACAGAAGAAAAUUGAACGUCUGGCUGAAUUAAGGCGAAGAUUUGAACGGCUGAGAUUAAAAGAAAAAAGUCGGCCUCCAGGGGUGCCUAUCUAUAUUAAGAACCUGGAUGAGACCAUCAAUGAUGAAAAACUGAAGGAGGAAUUUUCUUCCUUUGGAUCAAUUAGCCGGGCCAAAGUGAUGGUGGAAGUGGGGCAAGGCAAAGGGUUUGGUGUUGUCUGCUUCUCCUCUUUUGAAGAGGCUACCAAAGCAGUGGAUGAGAUGAAUGGUCGCAUAAUGGGCUCCAAGCCCCUGCAUGUCACCCUGGGCCAGGCCAGGCACAGGUGGUGAGAGGAAGAAUGCUCAGUUUGUGUCAGCCUUAAGCUGGUGCCUACUUAGUUUGGGCUACUUUGUGAUAAAAGGUUAUUUUAUGCCAAUUCACAGGUUUUUUUUUAAGUGAAUAUUUUCUUUUGAAAAAAAUGUGAAACUAGAAAUCCUUGUUCAUUUUAGUGAAAAACAUAAUUUCUAAUUGUAAAACUGUCAUUUUGUACUAUUUUUUGAUAUAAUAUUCUUAGGAAUAUGGAGAAUAAAGUUUAUUCCUCCACACAUUUUUUUUUUCUAAAUGGGUCAAGGUGAGGUAGUUGAUUGAGUAUAUUUUCUUCCUUAUUUCAAUACUACUACUAAAUUUGAUUUGAACAAAAAUAUUUUCAAAAUGGUCCUUACUUCUGACUAUAUCACAGUGAAAAAGUCUAACUUGCUUUUUGAGAAGUCAAUAGUGCAGGGGAAGAUGGAUGUGAUCCAGUUGUCAUUUGUGCAUAAUUUCACUUUAAAUUAUUACUUAAUAUAAAUGAAUAUUCUUUAAAAAAGAUGUGAGCUUUUUUCCUUCCCUUUAUUUAUUUAUAUUAUUUGCCUUUUAAAAGUAUAUAUUUUGGGUAUAUCACACACUUAAUAGUGGCUUUAACUAAGUGUUUGGAGUUUUCUUUAACUUCAUACCCAGAGAAAUAAGCAUAUUGAUGUUUUCUCAAUCAGUACAUUAGAAAACUAACACUUCAGGCAUUCAUUAUUUAAAUUAUUAAUUUCAUCUUAAAAACCUUUCCUGAGAACUUUGAUAUUUGAGGACAGUCUAAGGAGCAUUCUUACCACUCAUUUUUCUAAGGUCCUUUGUAUGUAUACUUGGAUAAUAUUCAAUUAACAAGAAAGAUGAAUAACUGCACUGAAUUGCCUUUACAUAUAGAUAAUUUUAAGAUUCUACCUUCAGCUAUUAUUUUGUCCAUAUGAAAGGUAAAUAAUACAUAUAAGGAUGUUUAAAAAAACUACUUUAAAGAACAUCUUCUAUUAAACUUGUCAUUACCACUUGUAAA